UCAUGUGAGUGACACACUCUUCACAAAAGUUGUACAUAUUUCUUGAGUUGCUCUACUUUCCAGCUCUCCCUUCUCCAUCGCCUUCAAACCCCAACAAGCCAUCUUUCUGCUCUCAAAUUACUUAGCCGCCCCACUCGCACGUAAUGCCCUCUCUUCUUCAACUAUUCAUUCAUAUAUAAAAAGAGAUCCAAGUGGGUUUGAUUUUUCUCUGCAGUCAACACCUUACAUUACUCUCCAAUUCACGGCUUUGGAAAGGGAAAAAGAGAAAGGCGUGUUUUGAGUUAAGGUUGUAAUUUGAAGAGAUAUGUUGAGCAUACUGCUGCGGUUUCCAGUAAUUAUUCUGCUGUUUCAUGGCUUCUGUUGGUCGGAAGAAGGACCAAACUACAGUUUCAUGCACCAAGCAACCUCAGCUCCACGAAUCUCGUACUACGACUACAUCGUAAUCGGAGGCGGCACCGCCGGCUGCCCCCGAUGCAGCAGUGGCAGUCGGCGGUGAGGGAUGGGUUGCUGGAGGCCGGUGUGGAACCUAACAAUGGUUUUACGUACGAGCAUUUGGUCGGGACUAAGGUUGGUGGAACCAUCUUCGACGGCGAGGGGCGGCGGCACACGGCGGCGGAUCUCUUGAAGUAUGCGAAUCCCAAGAGGCUUACUGUGAUGUUGCACGCUUCCGUUCAUAAAAUCUUGUUCAGAACUAAAGGGAGAAAGAGGGCAAUUGCACAUGGGGUGGUGUUCAGAGACUCUUUAGGACACAAACACAAAGCCUACUUAAAUCGUGGGCCCAAGAAUGAGAUCAUAUUAUCAGCUGGGGCGUUGGGAAGCCCACAACUGCUGAUGCUGAGUGGGCUGGGCCCAGCAGAUCACCUCAAGGCCCAUAACAUAUCAAUAGUCUUGGACCAGCCUUUAGUGGGCCAAGGCAUGUCUGACAACCCGAUGAACGCCAUAUUCGUACCGUCCCCAAGCCCUGUGGAGGUUUCGUUGAUUCAGGUCGUCGGCAUCACCACCUUCGGAAGCUAUAUCGAGGCUGCUAGCGGCGAGAACUUCGCCGGCGGUACCACUCAAAGAGAUUUUGGGAUGUUCUCACCUAAGAUAGGGCAGCUCUCAACAGUUCCACCAAAGCAAAGAACGGAGGAAGCUCUAGCCCAAGCCAUCAAAUCCAUGGAAUCCCUGGAGCCGGCAGUCUUCCGUGGCGGAUUCAUCCUGGAGAAGAUAACAGGCCCAAUCUCCACCGGCCACUUAGCGCUCAGGAACAAGAACCCCAACGACAACCCCUCCGUCACCUUCAACUACUUCACCCACCCUCAGGACCUGCGCAGGUGCGUGCGAGGCCUCCAGCUCAUUGAAAAUGUGGUUGAAUCACGGGCAUUUUCGCCCUUCAGAUACGACUACCUCUCGCUCCCGGCUCUCCUCAACAUGACCGCCGCGGCGCCCGUGAACCUCCUGCCCCGCCACGCCAACGUCUCGACGUCGUUGGAGCAGUUCUGCCGGGACACUGUGAUGACCAUCUGGCACUACCACGGGGGUUGCCGGAUGGGGAGAGUGGUGGAUGCUGAGUACAGAGUUCGUGGCGUCGAUGCACUCAGGGUGGUCGAUGGCUCCACAUUUCAUUACUCGCCCGGAACGAAUCCUCAGGCCACCGUCAUGAUGCUCGGAAGGUACAUGGGAGUGAGAAUUCUCUCGGAGCGACUUGAGAGGUCGAGGAGAAAUUAAUUGUAAUAUUUUGUUUUAUUUUUGGGUAAUGAAAUCUCAGAUAUACUGUGACUUGUUGAAGUGUAUGUGUAUGGAAUAGUAGUUACAUAUUAAUAAUAUUUGAAAAACGUUGACAGAGUUGA